UAAAUUUAUGGUCGGGUUUUGUUUUCUGCUUUUUCCCACAUUUUUUUCGUAUUUUUAUUUUGCGCGCGCAGCGAUUUGACUGUCCAAUGAACCAAGUUCCAAUUCCGAUUCUUUAUAACAGAAAACAAAUAAUUACAAUGCUCGGCUUACAUGUUUCCGCUGCGCGUCGUGACAUUAUUUACUCCUAACGAGCCGAGCCAAACCCGAAGUGAGCCACCAUCCGCCGUUAGUUGGCCAAAAACCAAUAUACAAAAAAGAGAGAAAGAGAGGAAAAAGAAGAAGAAGAAGAAGAAGAAAAAAUCGGCCACUUAUCGUGCACAUUUCUGCACGUGCCCCCUUUUGUAGAGUGAUUGACAGCCCGCGAUGUCUGAUGCGGCGUCUAUACGAACGGAGUUGCCAGCAGAGUCCCAUCAGUUGCUCCGCAAGGCCGAUGUGGAGAGAGCAUCUAUGCCCGACUCAGACACUGCCCCCUGCCUGCACAAUGAUUACAGAUGGCGCAAAGAUUCGCCCUUCAAUCGGCCAAUGAGCGAUUCAUCCAUUCAAUUUGCCAAUUGGACAGAGCCGGAUCGGUCGGAUGGUUUCGACGUGUCCAACAAUGUCCCGUAUUACUCGUUCAAAGGCACACAGCCGGAGGUAUAUUCGAAAAAGAAGGAUUUCAUCUACAACAGUUCGCUGGUCGAUAAUCAGCUCGUGCUGAAGAAGACUUGCGAAUGGUGGUUCUACAAGAAUAAAUACAUCCAAAACAUGUCUGCUCACCUGCGCCAGCACGCCUGCUUUUUUAUCCCCGUGACCAUAGUGCUUGCACUGAUCGGACUAUACAUCUUUCUGAAUAGCAGUAGGCCCAGCGAUAGCAUCGGCAAUAGCAUCAGCAAUAGCAACCGAUUCUUCGAGGUACAUGAGUCGAAAAAGUUUAAUAACGAUACGGAUGUUGUCGAUUGGAGUGAUGACAACGAUAUGAAAAGCGAAAACGAUUUUGGUGACAACAAGCACAUUGCCGAUGACAAUCUCAGUACCUCUGUCACACUCACCAAAAUACACAACUUUAGUCUUAAUGCCGAGGAUUUGUUAUACGAGUCGAAGCGGCACAGCAAUAGCAAUAGCAGCCACAGGGAUGCGACUUCUGCGUUCAGCAUGACUGGCACAUUCCGCACCAAGACUAGCCCGAUUUGGGACCCCCAUCCGGAGUACUUGCUGAAUGUGUUUGGGCAACAGCUGCAUCUGGUACUGCAUCAGGAUACCUCGUUCAUACCAUCUGAAACGUUUCGGGUCAUACGCAUCCUUAAUAAUCGAACGGAGGAAUCUCAUUAUGAGGAGCACUAUUUGGGCUGCUACUAUAGAGGUUACGUCGAAGGCGACAAUCAAUCGGCGGUCGCCGUCUCCCUCUGCGGCGGCAUGACUGGUUAUAUCAAAACUGGUUUCGGCACGAUGCUCAUUCAGCCGGUCAACCAGACGGAUAGCGACGAGAACUUGCAUCGCGUCUGGCGGCAUUCGAAACGCAAUCCCAGACAGGCUGUCUCCGAUCUGGAACUGGUGAUGGAGGCGCUCGAACUGACGGAAAGUGUGCCAACGCAUUUAACGCGCCGCAAACGACAUAAUCAGGGCAACCAGGUAUACACGUUAGAGGUGCUCAUCGCCGUCGACCACACGAUGAUGGAGUUCCAUAAGACAGAUCUCAAGUCCUACAUUCUCACACUAUUAUCGAUUGUAUCGAACAUAUUUGCGGAUGCCAGCAUUGGUAACUCGAUACGCAUAUCGUUGGUCAAACUGCUCGAACUAAAGGAUAUCAACGAUCGAUCCAGCAAUCGACCAGGCAAAUCCGAGAAACUAAAACGAUUCUGUUCGUUUCUCACCAAAAAAGGCUAUCCCUAUGAUACCGCUAUGCUAAUCACACGUGAUCAGAUUUGUUCGAAUGAGCGGGAGGAGCGCUGCAGAACACUGGGCUUGGCCGAGCUGGGCACCGUUUGCAAGGCCAGCGCCUGUUCCAUUGUGCAGGACAAUGGCCUGUCCGCCGCCUUCACGAUAGCACACGAAUUGGGCCACAUCCUGAACAUGCCGCAUGAUGACGACGAUCGUUGCAAGCAGUACAACUCGAAGCCGGGCAACAAUCUUACAUUGCACAUCAUGUCCAGCGUUAUGGGGGAUCAUAUGCAUCCAUGGUCUUGGUCUAAGUGCUCACGGCACUAUGUCUCCGAGUUUCUCGAAAAAAUGGACAAAUCGUGUCUGGAGGACACGCAAUCCUCGCCCAUCGACAACUUGAAUACGAAACUGCCCGGUGAGAUCUACUCUCUGGAUCACCAGUGUCAGCUGAUACAUGGCAACCAGAGCACACACUGCUCCAUCGAGGCGGAUUGCCGCCGGCUCUUCUGCAAGGCCAGCACGCAUCCAAAUGAAAAUUGCCGCUCCAGUAAUCUGCCCUGGGCGGAUGGCACGCUCUGCAACAACAACAGGUAUUGGUGUCAAAAGGGCGUUUGUGUGCCACGGACGGGCUACUCCCUCAAGACGGUGCACGGCGGUUGGGGUCCUUGGACUGCGUUUACGCCGUGCAGCCUAACAUGUGGAGGAGGUGUUCAGGAAUCGAAACGCGAGUGCAAUAAUCCGGUGCCCGAAAAUGGGGGUAAGUACUGCGAGGGCAGUCGAAAGAAGUAUCGAUCGUGCAAGACACACCCUUGCCCAACGGGCACUAUAGAGCCCCGCGAACAGGAGUGCUAUGACCAGAAUGGCCGCAACUUAAAAAUACCAGGCAUUAGUGCGGACGCCAAGUGGAUACCCAAAUACGGAUUGAACGCAUAUGUGGCGGACAAGUGCAAGUUGUAUUGCCGCUUGGAGGACGACAGUGCCUACUUUCUGCUCAAGGAUAUGGUCAGGGAUGGCACCACCUGCACCGUGGACAGCUUUGACAAGUGUGUCAACGGCAUCUGUCGCCCAGCUGGCUGUGAUAACGAGCUCAACUCCAUUGCCAAGCUUGAUAAAUGUGGAGUGUGCGAGGGAAACAACGAUACGUGCGAGGAGCACACCGGCAACGUGUAUGUCUCCGAUCUACUGAGUAGGGAUAAGCCCUUGCUGAGCCUCUACUACGUCACGACGAUACCAAAAGGUGCCUCUAACAUAGUUAUUACACAGCGUGGCUAUCCCGAUCAGAACUAUAUUGUGCUCACUGAUGACCACCAAUCUCCAAUAUUGAAUAGCGACAGAGUGGUAACACCAUAUCCCAAGAAGUAUUCGUAUGCGGGUGUAACAAUCGAUUACAAUGGCUCCAAUAGCACAAUAGAGCGAGUAAACACCACUGAUUCAUGGAAGCUGACGCGUGAUCUAAUCGUAAAGAUCAUAUCGAUAGACUUGAGUGCUGCCAAGAACCAGGAUACCAUACUGAUCACCUAUACGUACACAGUGGACAAGCCAAUCAUUGCAGAAACGCAGGUGGAGAUCUAUCGCUGGCAGAUGCAGGCGUGGAGCAACUGCGACUCACUGUGCCAGGGCACAAUGCAUCGCCAGGCGGCCUGUAUAAGCACAACUCUGGGUCUCAAAGUAGCGCCACAAUUCUGCGAUGAGUCGGCGAUGCCAAAGCCCGAGUAUCGCAACUGCAACACGGACUGCAUCCUAACAUUGAACACUACUAGCAUUUCGGAAUGCUCCGCCGCUUGUGGGGAACUGGGCACCCGAGAGAAGACCUUCAAUUGCAUACAGACAUUCACCGAUAUUCAGAGAUCGAAUAUCGUUGAUAUGUCCUUUUGCCGACUUAAAUUCGAGAUUGUAAGCCAUGAGCAAUGUCGUGCAGAACCGUGCCAAUAUUACCCGAAAGUAAGUUACCCAAAGAUGCCACAGAUGCGACUUAACUUACUAAUUUCCACCCAAUUUAUUCAGAUAAACCAACGCUCUGUGAACUAUUGGCAGACGGGAGAGUGGGGUGAGUGCAGCGAUUGGUGUAAGAUGAACCGAACUGUGACCUGUGUACAUCCAUACGGAAACUACUGUCCACCUGAUGACCCGAAGAAGCCCAAGGAAGUGCGUAACUGCUGCCACAUCAAGUACACCAGCGAGUGGCUACCGUGCUCUGUGGAAUGUGGCACGGGCGAGAAGCGAAAGGUGCAGAGUUGUGCGCGAGUCUACAAGCCCGAGGUGCCUGGCACGCCCAAGCGCAAGGAAAAUGUGGACGAAUCCUACUGCAAGGCACUGAAGGUGCGCAAACCAACGCUGCGCAAGACCACCAAAUUGUGCAAAAUCAAUUGCAGGUGGGUCACCUCGGAAUGGACUCAAUGCUCAAGGGACUGUGAUGUGGACUACCAGACGCGCAGCGUGCGCUGCGAUUCGUGGCUGGGCAAGAGCGUGAACGAACGGAAUUGUGAUGUGGGCAAGCGGCCAACUCGUCGAAAAAUAUGCAGUCACUGUAUGAAACGGCAAUACAAAGUGAUCUCAUCCUGUGAUUGCUCGGGCUACCAGAGGCGACGAAUCCUGUAUUACGACUCACAUAUGCGGCGGGUCGCCAGCAAGCCGAAGUUCGAUAAAAUCAAAUGCACUCCGCCACCCAGCUGCAAGAUGAAAAGUCCCAGCAGCCAUGAGAGCAGAGGAGCACAGACCUGUUCCGAUUUGCAGCGCAUGUAUCGGUUGUACAAGGAUGGUGAGUACACAUUGCUGGUGCGGGGACGCCAGAUGCGCAUCUACUGCCACCAAAUGAACAGUCUGACGCCGCGAGAGUAUAUCACUGUGGAGCCACAGGAGAAUUACUCCAUCUACUACGAGUACAAGACGCGGUACAUCGACAACUGUCCGCCCAUGUCGCGGGACCAUGAGUACGCCAACGAUCAGAACUCGGGACGUACGCAUUUCAGCAAGCUGCGGCUCAACAUCAGCGACCUGCGCAUUAUUGAGAACGAUUUCGAGUUUGCCAAGUCGAGGGGACACCGGCAGGCGCUCGGAUCGGCGGGUGAUUGCUAUAGCCGCAACAUGAAUUGCCCACAGGGAGAUUUUUCCAUCAGUCUGGACGGAACGGGGUUUCUCAUGCGGCCGACGACCGUUUGGAAAACCUACGGCAAUCGGGCGGUCAUGCAGCGUGCCAGCGGGUUCGACACAUUGGCGUCGUCGCGGCGCGCUUUUUGUGGGGGCUUUUGCGGGCAUUGCUCAAUAUCGCCGACGUCAGGACUCUAUCUGGACGUUGUGUGAUCGGCUCAGUCUGGUGUUCAUUGCAAAUGGGCUUGAUGAAUCCUUGGUGCUAUUAUUUUGCGCAACGAUUUUCUGGUCGCUUGGCUCUUGUGCAUUUAAACAGCUUUGCUUACCUUCACUGCCAGUUCCAGAAAACUGCAGCCAUCUCCAUGAGAUAUCUCAAUUAUGAGCGUCGCGUCAAUUGCACAAAAUAUACAAAUUUAAUAGUAUUACAACGAUUUACACAUACACAAACAAACACACACACACACAUGCCUCGAGAAGUUUUCGUUGGUACUGGAAGAGGAAAUUUGAAAGCAGGAAGGUUUAGUGGACUUCAAGUCCCUCACUUCGUCUUUCAAACAUUUUCCUUUUCUAAAAAGCAAAAAACACAUACAUACAUACU